ACGGUAGCGAUCCCAACAAGAAAAACAACGACGAUCUUCCAGAACGUACGCACGCAAGUUCGCCUUGUACUCCAGCUGCGAAUAGCCGUGCCGCAGCCGUGCCUGGCCUGCCCGGUCCCUUAAACACUCCCCCGGGCCACUGCCGUGUUGGUCAUCGCUCCUAAAAAUAAACCAUUACCCCGUUUCAGCGGUCGGUCCGCUGUCAAAAACCCGUUAACGGGUGGUUUUGACGUUUGCCCGAUUUCGGCAUUCUUUCGCACGGUUCGUUCGCGGUGUCCGUCUGUUCUGUUCCCUGGCCUGUGGCCCCCGCCCCUACCGGAGGGAUUUCCCUGGCACUUGCCCGUCAACUCCUCCCUCAUUGGCACACGCGUGAGCUUCAACCAGUCUCGGGGCGUGGGGCACGCACAGAAGGAUAUUUGGAUGGUUGGAGGCUGGCCGACGGCCGAACGCGUACACUAGGAUUUAGCAGACAUCCGGCACGGAGCACCCGCACCCACGACUAAACCAUGGCACUGAACCCGCAGUACGAGGAGAUCGGCAAAGGAUUCGUCACCCAGUACUACGCGCUGUUCGAUGAUUCAACGCAACGGCCAACCCUGGUCAACCUGUACAAUGCGGAACUAUCCUUCAUGACGUUUGAAGGGCAACAGAUCCAGGGUGCGGCAAAGAUUCUCGAAAAGCUGCAGAGUCUCACGUUUCAAAACAUUACCCGUGUGCUGACGGCGGUCGACUCCCAGCCAAUGUUCGACGGCGGCGUGCUGAUAAACGUUCUCGGCAGAUUGCAAUGUGACGAUGAUCCACCGCACGCCUACUCCCAGACGUUCGUGCUGAAACCGAUCGGAGCGUCGUUCUUCUGUGCGCAUGACAUCUUCCGCCUUAAUAUCCACAACACCGCCUAAGUAUUGUCGGCGCGCGUCAGGACGAACACAAAAUACACUGCGGGGGUGAUCCUUGGACAAAUUGCCGCUUCUAUUGCCUAUAAACGCCGGGACAGGAACAACAGGCACAACAACAACAACAAAACCGCCAGGAAAAGGAGAAUUUUGUUCACGCUAUAGUAUAUCGUUGUGCCGGUUGAACGUGAACGUGACGAUGGGGAACCGUUCUCUAUAUAUAUAUCUCUUUUUUAUCGCUCCGACUCUCUCACACUGCGUUUCCUGCCGUCUUAAAAGGUUGGUUUUUUGGAAUCAAUAAACUAUGCUUUAUUAACAGCCUA